GCGUGCGGGGCUCGUUGGGAGGCGAGGUCGGACGCUGGCGGGUGGCCGAAGGGUGUUUUGUGCUGUGGUAUGGGCGCGCUGCUGUUAAACGUGUUUCUGGGAGCUGUUGCUGUCGUGCUGCGAGCUUUUGUUGUCAGCUGUUGUGAGGCUUUUUGAGUGUUGGACUUUAGGGCAGUGCUGCCCGGAGCUGCGGUGCCCCAUCCCUGGAGGUGCCUGAGGCCACGGAUGGGCCCUGGGCAGCCUGAGCUGUGGGCAGGCAGCACACGGCAGGGCUGGGGGAUCUCCAAGCUCCCCUCCAUCCUCAGCCGCUCCGAUUUCCAUCUUAAGAAGGGUUGAGAAGGAUCCCCCAGGCUGGAGGUGGAGUGCAAACAUCUGUGUUUUCCUACAAAAAUAACUCAAUUUCUUUGGCACCUUUUAUCCCUAUAGUGUAGUUUACUAAUUUUUGCAAAGGAAAUCUAAUUCAGCCCAUGCUGUGAAUGGAGUCCCGGCCCCUGCUGAGCGCGCCCAGUAAGGUAAGCGGAGCUCUGUGGCCUCACAGAUGGGUCCUGUGAAAAGUCUGUGGCUCUAGCAGUGCUGCACGGUUGUGUAACUCCCUGCUUUUUCAUGGUUAAUUUCUUGGAAUGCUCAUAAACCAUCACGAGUUCAAUAACUCGUGAAACACACAAGGCUGUUGUCUGUGGGAUAAGAAAUCCAGGCCCAAACUGCAACACAUGUGACACAGCAUAUGAGGGGAAUGAGCAGGCUGACUGGGCAGGAGGAAAAGUGGAGGUGUCAUAGCAAAACAAAGUAUAUGGCUUGGGUCAGUGAUCUUGGGCUCCUUUCCUGACCCCCUGCAGCGUCUUCUCACUUUAGCUCUCACUUUGGAACCAGAGGCUCAAAAGAGCAAGAGGGGCAUAGGAGGAAGGAAUGAGCCUGCAGCUCAUCAUAGCAGAUGUUACACGCAGGGCUUGCUGACCUCUCGUGUUGUAUACAGUCAGUAAAUCUGCCUGGUACACCUCGUGUAACCAAACAGGGAGCAUAAGGUGUUGUAAAGGUGUGUCCUGUAACCAUUCGUGGCCUAGGUGCCUUGCUGGGGCUUUGUGUUGGUAAUGGGGUACAUUGUUAGUCCUGGAGCUUUCUGUGUCUGGUACAGUGGUGGGGGGAUGUGGCUGCAGAGAUGCGCAUCUACGUGUAACAGCCUUAAUAUGUAUGUAGCACGUAUGGGGCAUAUGAAUAUAUGCACAAUUAGGCACAGCAAACCCUUAAUAUUAAAUAAAUCUUCCUAUGCUAUUUCCAACUUCAAUCAAAAUGUAACGAUAACCUUCAAAAUUGAGUAAUUUAUUGGGGGUGCACUCUGAUAAAUGUAAAAUAGUGAUUUUUCGCGGUUGCUCUGAAUGGAGCUUGGAGUUCAUCACAAGAAUUCUUACCCAGCUGCCUGGCAGAUAAGGAGCAUGAGGUGGGGGUGAACGAAGGCCUUGUUCAGAGAAGUGGGUCAUUAGGGAACCAAAUCUCUGUGCUGCUCUAAUGGCUGUGUUGCUGCUGCUGCAUUUUUGUAGUUCUUGCUCAAGAUUAUGCUGUUUCUUGUUUGUUCCCUCUAAGCGGGCUUCCAUGGCUGUAGUUCUGUUAUGCAGAUUAAAACCAUGUCUUUAGCAGGCAUAGAAAAUCAUUGCCAGGAUUAUUUUGACUUUGGAGUAUUUUAGAUUGAAGUUAUGCAUGAAACUUCAUAUUAUUGCUGGAAGAAGAUAAAAUGGGAAUGGAGAGAUUACAUUUCUCAGCAAGAAGUGAAUUGUGAGAUGUAAUCAGCGUUGCUUUUUCUCUGUUUUGUUUGUACUUAAAUGGAAUUUAAUCACGGGCUGCUAGAGGAAACCAGUUCCCAUUCAUGUAUUUCUGAUGCUGGGGUUCUUGGUCUUAUUUUACUCAUUCCAAACUGUUCUGCAAGGGCUGGCCCAAAAAUCAGCACCUCUUAACUGAGGUAGAGGGCACAUGGCACCAUCUGUUGGGAGCCUGCUGCCAUGGGCUUACCUUAUGGAAGCAAAAUGAAGGUGGUUACAGGGCAUGCAGCCCAUGAGGCACACAGGGUGUGUGGAUGGUACUUGGUUAAUGGAAAGAUUUGAGUGGGCAAUGCCUGUAUUUGGCAUGUGUUGGUUUUGUUUUCCUACCACUUCGCUACAACCCUUAUUGCUUACUCUUAAUUCAUUGCCUUGGCUGUCAUUCAGAUAAAUACUUUCUAUCCACAGGGAAUCACAGGGCAUCUAAUGGAAAUGUUGCUCUGAUUUUGUUCAUGUUAGGUCCUAAAAUUCUGUAUAAAAAUUGACACCAUGAACAGCAUGGUUGGUGCAGAACAGAUUCCCACAGUUCAGUAGAUGUCAUCAGUUGUGUAUCCUAAGGUUAACCUGGAAGUUUGUCACAUUUGUGUCCCUUGAAAAUACUACAACUGUGACCAACAUCAGUGUGAAAUGUUUCUCCCACUACAGAUAUUGGAGAGCUUGUAUCAUUUUCUAACCAAAUACUUUCACAGUCCAAAAAGUCCAUGAUUACCUCCCUGAUUCUUCUCCUAGGUGUUAAGCACAUGUGAGUUUGAGGGCCUGCCAGUGUUCAUACCUCACUCUCUUGUUCCCUAGUUUCCCAGCUGGACCUUGUUUCUGGCUGUUUGCUCGGUGGGAAUUGGAGGGACCUUUCAGUAUGGAUAUAAUGUUUCCAUUAUCAAUGCCCCCACUCAGCACAUACACAAGUUCUUAAAUGAAACCUGGGCCAGUCGUUAUCACGUGGAACUCAAUCCCAACCUGCUGACUUUUCUUUGGAGUUCUUCCAAGAGUAUGGAAAUACUGUGUGAAAACACAUCUCCCACAAGUGUGCGUCUGUGCCCUGUAUUAAUGGAAAGGAGCCCUUCUGAUGAAUAACAUUAUAGCCAUACUGGCUGCCAUUUUAAUGGGGAUCAGUUUUCCAACAGGAUUGUUUGAGUUGCUGAUUGUUGGAAGGUUUUUGAUCGGUAUAAAUUCAGGCGUUGGGCUCUGUGUGCAACCCUUGUACCUUGGGGAGGUUGCCCCAAAACAUCUCCGAGGAGGCAUGGCCAUGGGUAGCUCCAUCUUUCUGACUGGGGGCAUUCUGUCAGGACAAAUAAUUGGUUUGAGAGAAAUACUAGGUGCAGAAGCCUAUUGGCCACUUUUGCUAUCCAGCAGCUGUGUUCCAGCAUUUGCCCAGCUUUUGUUCCUGCCAUGGUUUCCUGAAAGUCCCAGAUAUCUCCUUAUUGAUAGAGGUGAUGAGCUGAGCUGUGCCAAAGCUUUGAAGAGAUUUCAUGGUUCUUCACAGUAUCAGAGGGAGAUGGAAGACAUACAGCGGGAAUGCUUUGCCUUAGAUGGGGAGAAACCCAAGAAGCCCUGGCAGCUCUUCACUGAUCGUGCUGUGCGAUGGCAGCUCAUUACUGUGGUUGUGAUGACCAUGGGCCAGCAGCUCAGUGGGAUAAAUGCUAUUUAUUUCUAUGCAACCUAUGUUUUCGAGCAAGCUGGGAUCUCGGCUGAAAAAAUCCCCUAUGUGACUCUUGGCACUGGCGCUUGUGAAUGCCUCACAGCACUCACCUGUGGUUUACUGAUAGACCGCGUGGGGAGAAGAUACCUCAUCCUUGGGGGAUACCUCCUUAUGACCCUCUGGAGCAUUGUUUUAACGUUCUCUCUGACUUACCAGGAGCUGUACCCCUGGGUGCCUUACGUGAGCAUGAUGUCGAUAUUUGCCUUCAUUCUGAGCUUUGGGCUGGGACCAGGUGGCAUAACCAACACGCUGACUGCUGAAAUCUUUGUGCAGUCUUCACGUCCUGCUGCCUGCAUGAUUGGAGGGACUGUUAGCUGGAUUAGUUUCUUCACCAUUGGAAUGCUUUUUCCUUUCAUAGUGAAAGGACUGAAGCAGUUCUGUUUUGUGGUGUUCUUACUGGAGUGCUCCUUUGUUGCUGCUUUCAUCUUCCUGGUAAUUCCUGAGACAAAAAACAAAUCUUUUCUGGAGAUCAAAAAGGAAUUUCACAAACUUAAUUUUGGAGGAAAAAGCAAAGAAAAGGAAACAGAACUUAAUGAAAGAAGCCAACUCCAUGAUGAAUAUUAACAAAGUAUUUUCAAAGCUGUAACUGAAUGACCUUAAUGAGAAUUACAAAUGUCCUCUAAAUGAGCGCUGUAACACUAUGAACAAGUAGUUCAUUACUUCCUCCUGCAUACUGAGAGGAAGUUUAAGUAAAGGCAAUCUUCCUAAAAUGCUGUUAAAAGAUACUGCUGAACUGCUGUUAGAAUGCAUUACACAGAAGACUCAGUGUUUAGAUAAAACUUGAUGUAAGAAUGCAGAAAUGGUGGCAGUGGCUGCUGAAUGAAUUCCACUCCUCGCUGCCUCCAGCCCCUGCCUGUGGAUGGCACCAAACUGCAGGAGCUCUUGUAGUUCUGAGCUCCUUUUUCAGAUCCAAGCACCUGUUAGUGCUUUACUGAAGAAUUUGUAGCUUGGGGUCUGAGGUGUUCAACCCAAACGUGAGCUGACCCACUGCAGAGCUGCUGUUUGAAAUAUUCCACUCAGUGCAUUAACGUGAGGUCUGUAGCUGCUGCUUUUUAAUUGAAAUAAUCUCAGAAUAAGAUUUAAGGACAUUAAAUCCCUGCUGGUUCUCCUGCGCAGACACGUGCAGUCUGUCUCAAAGCAAUCAAGGCAGUGUGAUGCUGAUGUGAUUUAUCUUUAUUAGAUUAUCUUAAGUAAUGAUGAGGUUUAUUAGAAAGCUUUGUUUCCUAAAACAGUAAUAAUAAAACAGUUCCUGGUCUUUGA